GGUCAAACAUCAUUAUUUUUCGGUUUAGGUUUUGUGCUAAUUAUUUGCAAAAAUGGAGUUAAUUGAUACUGAUAUCAGACCAUGGAAUGCAGAAGAUGUGCGAGAACAGUUUGGUGAUAGUUUGAGCCUUCUUCCAUCGAAUGAUAAUAUCAAGGAGCUGCAAACUAUUUUACGGGAUAAGAAUACAACCCGCAGUGAUUUUAAAUUCUAUGCUGACCGUCUUAUUCGUCUAGUCAUUGAAGAAAGCUUAAAUAACCUUCCAUUUACGGACUGUGAGGUGGUCACACCCACUGGGGCACUUUAUAAAGGACUAAAAUAUGGUGCAGGAAAUUGUGGAGUGUCAAUAGUGAGAUCUGGAGAAGCUAUGGAACAGGUAAUUCAGCAUCAGGGCUUCUUGGGUUUUAUGUGAUAGCCAGUCAAAAUUAAAAAUACAUAAUCUAAUUCCAAGAUUCUCCACCAGUUACUGUCUUAAAUGUGGUGAGACAAGCUUGUUUACAUUUACCUUUUAUAUACCUGCACCAUUGUACUGUAUAUGUUUCUGGUGAUGCAAAAUUAUGGAUAGUUUAGUCUAACAUGAACAUACACAUGGGAAAUCUCAUACCUGUUUUCUAAUCAAAUUUGCAAUAUGUGCCACAUUUCUGCAUGUAAUUCCUGUAUUUACUUUUAAUAUUUCACACAGCAUAUUACCUUCUAUAACCCAAACAAGGUUUUUAUGUAGAAUUUUGUUUAUAUAAAAAUAAACUAUUAUUUAUAAAAAAAUUUAGUGCUAGUUUGUAAUACCAGCAGUAAACUGUUACCUAAUAUAUACCUAUUACCUAUCUGAAGAAGGGCUUAAAUAAUAUUUAAUGCAUAGCAAACGUUUUCCAAGUAACUUAUUAAAGUACUAUAAUUAAAAAAUUUAGUUUUAGUUUUUCUUUAUAACUUACUCUAUGCUACGUUCCUGUACUAAUAAUAAUCUAAGUCAAAAACUAAGUUUGUUAAAUUUUGUUAAAAAUUGGGAAAAAAAAAUUGGUUAAAAAUGUGGAGGAGAAAUGUGAAUGUGAAUUUGAAUGUUCAUAUUAUUAACAAUACAAAUUGCCAUAAUAUCAGUAUUUUCAGAUGUUCAGUGGUUGGUGAAAGGGUUCAACUUAACUUUUUUUUUUGGAUAAUACUAGAAAAGAGUCUACCGCCUCUCAUAUAGAUGACAGCGGUAAAUUUUUAGAAGCAUUUACAUAAUAUUUACUUCAACAAUUUGGCCCAACUUGUUCUGAAUGAAGUUGUGUGCUAUCACUAGCACUAUCUGAUUUGUCAUCAAAUCUCCCUUGUUUUAAUUAUUUUUCAAUAUUUCACAGAUGUUUAACUUCUUCCAACUUCAUUUUUUCCAUAUAAAGCUUAAAAUGUGUGCACCAAUAUUGCCAACUAAUUGAAAUAUAAUUAGUUGGCAAUAAGCUGAACUCUAUGAUCAUCAUUCUAAUUUUGUUACAAUCUUCCAACAAGUCUAACUAAUAAAAUUUCCAGAUCAGAUUUAGCAGGAUUCCAGUGUUGCCAACAUAAUACAGAGCUAAAACGCAAUAUUCUUAACAUUGCUACACAAAAGUGUUUUUUUUUUUAGAAUAAUAGUGACAAAAGAGCUCACAGUCCAUCUGCACCAAGCCGAUGGUGAGCCUAUAGACAUCUACAUCUAUCCUCGAUAAGAAUCAACAUGCAGAUGCGUUGUCACCCCUGAGGACUAAGAUGGAAUGUCUCGUAUUCAGUAAAAGGGUCACCUGUUCUCUACACUCACCAUAUGAAACACAGCAGCAUCAAGCUGCUAUUUCACGCUAGUAUUCUGUGAGAGCAUGGUCCUUCCCCCGUUGACCCAACCCAAUUGUGUUACAACCAUAAUAUAGCUGUGGCAUGGCUCUACCACAUAUAAAAAAUUUGCUACUUUAAAUUCCGUUGCAAUUCUUCUUCUUCUUCUCUUUAAAAAAAAGUUACCUCCACACUAGGAUUUUCUCCUGUAUCAUGGAGGCAGUUUGCAAACAUAGAUUGUACGAGGACAAACAUCCAGACCCGGAACAAUUAUUUGUAGGCCAUACAAAUUCUUGUUCCGUGCGGGAUUUGAACCCGCGGCCCCCAGCGCAACAACUCAUUGCUAAGCCACUGCGUCACGGAGCCGUCCUUCUGUCAACUGUUCCUAUAUAGAUGUUUUUAAGUGACACUAAAGUAAUUUCUGCUAAUUUACAAUAUUUCAGGGCCUUCGGGACUGUUGCCGUUCGAUCCGCAUCGGCAAGAUUCUAGUGGAGAGCGACACAGACACCCAUGAGGCGCACGUGGUGUACGCAAAGUUCCCCGAGGAUAUCGCUCGGAGGCAGGUGCUACUAAUGUAUCCCAUAAUGUCUACUGGCAACACCGUUAAGCAGGUAAAGUUGUUUAGACUUUAUAUAACAUUAUUCAUUAUGAAAUAUGUUAGAUUAAGGUAAAAAUUAAUUCUCCUAAAUUAAUUUCACUUCAAGCAAUCAAAGCUCAUUUUUUGAAUAUAAUAAUUUUUAAGACUUGUUUAUAAACCUACUCAUAUGUUAAAACUUCUUAUUUGCUAAAACAAGACCCCAGAAAAUUACUUGUAAAAAUAUUCAGGGGACUAUUAUAUUUUUAAAUACCAUGUUACAUGUCAAUUUAACAAAACACUAAUAGCCAGAGGACUUGCAAGUGCAGAGUAACAGAUAUUUCCAUGAAAUACUAUAAAUUUUCACUCACUCUUGUCCUCAAUACGAGGGCUGCACUAAAAGUAUCGGGAAUAGAAUAUUUCCACUGUUCCUGUCAUAUUAAAAUCUUUUUAAUUGAAAACUCCUUGGUUUUAAAAAUCGAAUAUCAUUUAUUUAUUUAAAAAAAGAUUCUCGGUCUUGCCACAAGGUUUUAUCAAACUUGUUUAAUCAUUGAGAAAAUGGAAUUGACUCGAGAAAAUUCAAGAGCGAUGAUUUAUUAUGACUUUCGAAGUGGUUUAACACAAAAGCAGUGUGUUGACCGGAUGAUUUCUGCAUUUGGUGAUGAAGCACCAUCCAAAACCACAAUUUAUCGCUGGUUUGCUGAAUUUCAACGUGUCAAGCGUGUCAAGCUCAGUGAUGAUCCCCGUCAAGGUCAUCCAAAAACUGUAGUCACCCAAGAAAACGUUGAUGCUGUGCGUAAGCUGAUUGAGGAAGAUCAACAUGUGACAUACCGUGAAAUUCAGGCAACUUUAGACAUUGACAUGAGUCAAAUACAAAUAAUCUUGCAUGAACAAUUAGGUGUAAAAAAGUUGUUUUCCCGAUGGAUACCGCAUUCGCUCUGUGAAGAGCAAAAAGCGGCUCGCGUUACUUGGUGCGUCAGAACUCUCGAAAGAUUCCACGCAGGAUCCUCAAAUGCUGUAUACAACAUCGUAUCAGGUGACGAAUCCUGGAUAUACGCGUACGAACCCGAAACAAAAAACCAGUCACGAGUUUGGGUGUUCGAAAACGAGUUAAAGCCAACAAAAAUUGUUCGUUCACGGAGUGUUGCAAAAAAAUGGUGGCCACGUUUGUCUCCAAAACCGGCCAUGUUACGACUGUUCCUUUUGAGGGACAAAGAACGGUUAAUGCAGAAUGGUAUGCUAGCAUUUGUUUGCCACAGGUCGUUUCUGAACUCCGUAAAAAGAACUGCAACCGCCGCAUCAUCCUCCAUCACGACAAUGCGAGUUCUCACACCGCACACAGAACAAAAGAGUUUUUAGAGCAAGAAAACAUAGAAUUAUUAGACCAUCCGCCGUACAACCUCGACCUAAGCCCUAAUGAUUUCUAUACUUUCCCUAAACUAAAGAAUAAAUUGCGUGGACAGAGAUUUUCAUCAUCUGAAGAAGCUGUGGACGCCUACAAAACGGCCAUUUUGGAGACCCCAACUUCCGAAUGGAAUAGUUGCUUCAAUGGUUGGUUCCAUCGUACGGGAAAAUGUGUCAAAUUUCGCGGAGAAUACUUCGAAAAGCAAUAAAUACAUUUUUAAAUAGUAAUGUUGUGUCACUUCCUUGAUUCCCGAAAUUUUCAGUGUCGCCCUCGUAUAUUGAUCUGUUUAUAGUGCAGUAUAUAAUAUCUGUUUAUAGUAUAUAGUACACAGUAGAAUAUUGUUAAAAAUAUUUAUUCCUUUCCUUUUAAAUUUUAUAUCCAACUAUUGCACUGGAGUUUUAGAGAUUUUAUGGAUUAAACAUGAUAUUUAUAUGAAUGCCUCUUGACUCGAGUUCUUCACAUGGCCAGCCAUAUGUAUGUUAAAAUUGACAUAUUUAUUUGCCACUAGUCAUAUUAUAUAUUAAAAUAACUGAUUUUAUAUAUUUCAAUUAUAUUGCUUAAUGUUUAUAUGGUUUUUAUUAGCUUGUUCAACUGAUAAAUUUUAAUAUUAUUUGUGUAAGAUUUAGUUUAUAAUGAAAUAGAAGACUAUCGCUUUGAGUUCGUCCUAUUAGGAUAGAUGUCUCAAGUAAUAAAUAAAAAUAUCCUUCUUCAUCAUAUAUGCAGGCGAAUUGGGGACCAUAGUACUAGUUAUCUCAUACCUUUGGCCCUGCUUACCGUCGCCGUUCUGGGUAUUCGUCUCGCUUAAAUAGGAUGGUAGGAUGCUGCAAUUUUACAUAGCUGUAGCAUGAAUGGGUGAGACCGGGGUAGGAUCACGUCAGAAUACCAGUGUGAAACAGCAGAAUGAUACUGCUGUAUUUUGUAUGGUAGGUGAAGAGAACCGAAAACAUUUCUUAUUGGAAAUGCAUUUCAUCUUGGUCCUCAGGGGUGACAACACAUCUGCAUUUUGAUACUUAAUGAAUGAUAAAUGUAGAUGUGUAGAUGUCUAUGGGCCAUAGCGUCGACUUACCGUCAGGUGUAGUAUAUGCUCGACACCCUUAUUCUGUAAAAAAAGUGCUGUCACCGACGGGACAAAAUGCUUAUUACGCCACCAUUACACGGAAAUAAUCUUUAAAAAAGUAACUUUCUUCUUAAUAAUUUAACAGUAAAAAAUAAUUCAAAAAGUCCGGACCGGACACCACAGAGCGGAUUGCCUACAAAUAUCUUGUAUUUCAACUACGGCUGCAUUGAGAAAGUCAGUAGAGCUCUUUUUUUUAAAUACAUCUCAUUUAGUCUCCUAAACAAAAUAUUGUGGCAAAUCCUACUUACUGUGAGAGGGUCAAGUUGGGUUUGGACAGUUUCCGUUCUGAUGAUACUGAUGGGGAACUUCUUCACAGGCCGUGAAUGUCCUGACGCAGCACGGUGUUAAAGAAGAGCGCAUCAUUCUGUCCAACUUGUUUUGCACGCCAGCCGCCGUGCAGGCCGUAGUCGACUACGUACCAAAGAUGAAGAUCCUCACAUCCGAGCUUCACCCCGUCGCUCCUAAUCACUUCGGCCAGAAGUACUUUGGUACUGAUUGAUAUGAGGACGAUUAUGAGGUGUAGUUACAUAUUAUAUAAGAUCUGUUUUAAAAAUGUUCGUAAAUUUGAUUUGUUGGUCAUAAGUAGGGAAAGGAAAGUUAAGUUGUGAUAAAAACUCAAAAACAUACAGUAUGGUAAUUUUUGAUAAUCGAAAACGUUUUAUAAAAUAUUUAAGGUAUCUGUUAUUUAUUUAAUAUGUUGGAAGUAACAAAAAUGACAUAAUUUAAAUUAUAUUUUGACAAUCACAUAUGUAGAAAAAACUGGAUAUGUUGACGAUAGGAUUAAUAAAGUAAAUGAACAAAAUGUAUUGACAAAAAUUAUAUCUUGCUAACCCAAAUAUCAAUCUUGGUAUCACG